CCGGCGUGUCCCGCGCGCGCAGGCGCAGGCCGCGGCGCUGCUCCCUGGUAAACACAGCGGCGCGGCAGCGGCGGGGCCCGGGUCUCACAAAGGGGCGGCGGGCCGGGCCGGGCCCAUGCGCGGCGGCGGAGCGGUUCGCACCUGGCGGCGGUGGCGCUGAGGCGGGCGCCCAUGGCGGAGGUGGGCGGCGCCGCAGCGGCGCCGGACAUCGACCCCGAUUUCGAACCGCAGAGUCGGCCGCGCUCCUGCACCUGGCCGCUGCCGAGGCCUGAGGCGCCGGCGGAGGCGGGCGGCGCGGCGGGCGGCGCGGAUGAGGGCGCAGGCAGCGCGGCGGCGGGGCCCGGGCGGGCCGAGGGGGUGCGGGCGGGCGGCGCGGCCGCGCGGAAGGGCGGCUCCCGGCGCAACGCCUGGGGCAACCAGUCCUACGCCGAGCUCAUCAGCCAGGCCAUCGAGAGCGCCCCCGAGAAGCGGCUCACGCUGGCGCAGAUCUACGAGUGGAUGGUCCGCUCCGUUCCCUACUUCAAGGACAAGGGCGACAGCAACAGCUCCGCCGGCUGGAAGAACUCUAUUAGACAUAACCUGUCCCUGCACAGCAAGUUCAUUAAAGUCCAUAAUGAAGCCACAGGGAAGAGCUCUUGGUGGAUGCUCAAUCCUGAGGGUGGUAAAAGUGGAAAAGCACCAAGAAGAAGAGCUGCCUCCAUGGACAACAGCAGCAAACUCGCAAAAGUGAGAGGUAAAGCAUCUAAAAAGAAGCCUCCUCUCCAGUCUGCUCCAGAAUCCACUGCUGACAGUCCUGGAUCCCAGUUCCCUAAGUGGCCUGGGAGCCCGUCCUCAAGAAGCAACGAGGACUCCGAUGUGUGGAACACCUUCCGGCCUCGAACCAGUUCCAAUGCAAGCACCAUCAGUGCCAGACUUUCUCCUAUCCUGACGGAGCCGGAUGACCUUCACGAUGAAGAGCUGCUUCCUUCUCUCGUGUACUCCAGUGCAUCCAGCAAUGUUCCACCAACUGUGACCGAGGAACUCGAGCUCAUCGAUGGGUUAAAUUUGAUGUCUCCCAGCUCGUCCGUGUUAUCUACCCAGCAAUCUGCCUCAAGUGGUCAGAUCCAGAGAGAUUCCAGCUUUUCCUUUCGGAGCCCAAAUGCGGCUGGUCAGACCACUACUUUUGGCAAUUCCCUGUUUAACCCUGUUGAUAUCUCGCUGCAGAGUUCUGUCAGCCAUUUCACUGCCCCUCAGACCUUGGAAGCUCUUCUGACACCCAGCUCUCCACCUCCAAGGGAUGUUAUGAUGACUCAGGUGGAUCCAGUUCUCCCGCAGACUGGUAACAGGAUGAGCAGCCAAACUCUUCUGCUUCUAGGUGGACAAACCACCCAGAGUAAGAUGAGCUCAGGCGAUUCACGAGGAAAGCCUACAGAGCAGCAGGCAGAACCAGUCAGUGCCGGUGUUUUGCCAUCAACGCUUCCCAUGGUAACAUCUCCUCAGAACACUGCCAGCAUCAUCAGUUUGAAGGCUCCAGUUUCUGCAACAACUGCCCAGUCGGUCCAGCUGGGGAGUCCACUGCUUCUUUCUUCUGCCAGCCCUGCUCCCUUGGGCUUGAACCAGGACAGGCUGCCCAUUGACCUGGACGUUGACAUGUACAUGGAGAAUCUUGAAUGUGAUAUGGAUUACAUAAUCAACAGUGAACUCAUGGAUGGAGAAGGACUGGACUUCAAUUUUGAACCCAUUCUGUCUACUCCCAACUAUCCCAGCACCUCGCAGGCCUCCAACCAGACCUGGGUACCAAGUUAACUUCAGGAGCACAAAAAGUGUCCUUCAGGAUUUGAACAUCGGGUUCUGACUUCACUUCCCACCCCUGGCAGAGAAAAGAAUGGAGCACGUUGGAUUCGGUUUCCCUGCACACCAUGCCUUGGGCAGAAGGGGCUGCCCAGCUGGGAAGAAGGGGCAACCUGCAUCUGGCUGCAACAGGAAGAGUUCUAAAAUAAUAAUCCUGUUAUGUGCCAUGGCUCUUCCUACAAACCUGACCCUGCCUCGGAUCAUCUGGAGAAACCCUGGGCUGUGCGUGUCCAAAGAGGAGCCCCGGUGAAAACCUCAGCCAGAAUACUCUGUGCCAGGCAAACAGCGUUUUCCCAUGUGAAGAGUUGGGUUUGCUGGAGGAAUCUCUCGACGGCUGUCCUCUCUCUGCUCCGGCAGAAAGCUCCCAGUGCCUCGGCCUGGCAGAGGGCUGGCUCUGCUCUCACUUGGUUUGCCCUCUGGGGCAAAGUAGUCGGAUGUUUUCAUUCAGCCACCAGAUGUGCACUUGGUAUCCCACAGACUCGCAGAGGAAUCGGAAGGAGCUUGUUGGUGGAAGCCCUGUGAGAAAAGGGGGUUGGUUUCGGUGUGCCCAUCUGCAGAGCACCCGUUGGUGUUCUGCAGGGAAGGGUGGGAGUCAUGGUGUAGAAGGCUUCCUCUUGUCCACCUGAGUGGAACAGGAGGACACGGAGUUUUUCACUGUGCCAACUGAGCCCCAUUAAGUUGGAAGCAUGUUUCGAGAAGUCCCUAUGCUGUUCUCAGCACUUUCCUGAUACACCAGGCUGCUGUAAAAUAAGCACAGGUGCUAAUAGCUGUUUCUGGGACAUAAAAACAUCAUUUUGAGUUUGUUUCUGAUCUGUCUUACUACAGCAGAGAAAUGGAAAGCCUGGGUGUGGCCUUAACAGAGCUCUGGCUGCUUUUCAGAAGGGCAUUUUCUAUAGAUGAAAUAUUUUUUUACUAAUCUGAGGACUUUCUACAGUGAAUAUGAAGCCAAUGUUAAGUGUGUCCCCAUUAGGCGUAUUAGGCAUCUCUCCCUCUGAGAAGGUACCAGUGACAGACUUCUUUUUUUAGGUCGAUAUUAGGAACAAACGCAUUUGAUGUUGGAUAAUGUAUAUGACUUGAGAAACAAGAAUCAGCAGGUCCCCGUGGUUUCAAACCACCCUGGGGAAAAGUUGUACAUUAUUGUAAUCUAUAUGUAAAAGUAGCUGCAAAUUACAUAGAAGCUUUUCUAAACCUUUUUAAAUAUAUAUUAUAUAUUUUAAUUGAAAAUGAGAUUAUUGGAUUAAAAAAAGAAAAAGAAAAACACAAAAAUACCCAACACAUUUGCUGCAUCUGUCCCCUUGAUACCAGAUAACACUACAGUAUGGGAGGGGGCAGGCCAAAGGCAUUUUGGGCCAAGAAGCUGAAAAUGUCAUUGGAGAAAUGGGAAGGGCACCAGGGUUGCACCUGGGGGGUACCUGGGGGUUCCUCAGCCUCUGUCCUCGCCUGGGCAUCGCUGCCAAACCAAGAGCACAACGUUAGGGAACGCUAAUCAUUAAUAGCGCACUCGUUCUUGGCUAAUCCAUUAAGUAGCUGGACUGUGGCUGAUACAUAGGACAGGUUCCCUAGUCUGUGAAGAAGAUGGUGUGGACUGGAUCGUGCUGGAUCUGCUGAUGCUCUGGGUAGCCCUUGUGGAGGGAAAUGAUCAGUUGUAUUUGGUAGCUUGCUUUUUGGUUUCCAGAGGUUUUAAUUUUCUUGAUGAAGUUUCUGCGAACUGCUGGUGAACUUGAAGCCUGUAGGGACAGCCCUGGGGACGUGCCUGGGCUCCUGGCCAGUCUCUUGGUUCUUGCAGGACAGAAGCUGGGAGUCAAGAGGUUAGUUCAGAGCAUUAGCUGUCAUGUUCCUCUCACCUUUUUGGUGUUUGCAGUGGCAGGAUCUGUGGGAGACGUGGUGCUUUCAUGGUGUUCUGAUAGGCUUGGUCUGGCAGAAAGCCUAUCCUGUCCUUUCUGAAGGUGGUGGUGGUUUCUGUUCUGAAGGUUUGUAUCAUGCAGUGUCAUCAGCCAUACUGUUUUGCCACCUUGUCUGCUGUGUGUUUGUGGCCUUCGUUUCAUUUUCAUUUGAGUGGAGAUUGGAAGAGGAGUGGUUUGUCGGGUUACCUGCAACAACGAGUCUUCAACAGUCUUAUCUUCAGCGUGCUCUACCAUCAAAGCCUUUGAAUAGCUUGAUAACCUUUGCUUUGAAGGCUGUUGUCAUGGCAGACCUCAUGGUGGUAUGUUUCAAAUUUACCCACAGUCUGCAUGUCUGGCCACACCUCACUGUAACAAACAAACAGAAAGGCAAGAUCCUGACUUGGGUUUCCAGGUCUUGCAGACUUGAGUUAUGGAUGCACAUUCUCACUGCAGUUAGUUCAUUACAUGAACAGAGAGAUACCCUUUCCACAAACACCUGACGGCACGUGCUGCAAAGAAGAAUCAGCCAUUUUGGGCUGUAACUACUGAAUCUGGGAGGAUUUGUGUUAUUUGGCACGUAAUACACCACUUUUUCAGCUUGGGCCCUGAGGGGACAUGAGUGCCAUGAUCUCCAGAGCAAGUUGACUAGCUGCAUGUGCUUCCCAGCCAUGUAUCAAAGGAGAAGACCCUGGUAUGUGUGAUCAUGUUAUAUGUGACAGGAUCAUGUUAUAUGUGACAGAGCCCAAAGCAAUAGAAAGGACAGUAUUAGUAACCAGUGCUUCAGACCUGCAGAUCUGCGGUGAGAUGUUUCUGUCUGGCUUGGUCUGUGGGGAAGAAGUGCUGUCUUCUGGCUGUUCCAAGGUGUCCCAUAGGUGUGACAGCACAGGGAACCUGGCCUGACCCCGUGCCCUGGGGAGAUCUGAUGUACUCUUGGCUAGCACGUGUGCUCAGCCUGUUCCAGCUGAAGGAGCUGCAGCCCCAGUACACCAAAGCUCAUCGUGGUUGGUACCCUACAAUGCGAGUUUUUAAGACACCCUCUCCUUUUAUUCCUUUUAUUAAGGAAUAGAACACCUAUUUUUUUAUUUUCAUACUGUUUUUUAUUUUCCAUAUUCCCAGGCCAGACUCCUGGGAAAUUGCCUGUCCCGGGGACAGCACUGGAGACAGGAGCACCUCUGGCUGGAAUCCUGCUGUACCAGCAUGCUGACAGUGACUUCUCUGUCUGGUGGCAGUCCGUGCUGGUGCUCUCUGUCUAGAUACAACAGGAGCUGGCAGUGGCUGAAGAAGCCUGAGAAUAUUCUAGUGCUGAGGAUGGUGUUUGGGAGACUAUUGGUGCUCUGGGAGUGCUCGAUACACCAUGAAUGUAAUGUUGCAGGCUCAUGCAGGCAACUUCUUGUUUGUAUGUGUAGCAGAAUAGCUCACAUCAUGGGCACGGAGGGCAAGGAUGCAGAGAAUUGGGAAGUUCUCCAGCCCCUACCCAAAUAAUUUCCUUUUCAUAAACCUUGAGCUUUUCUAGCCUGGGAUAUUUCCUCAUAGAACACAGAAGACUAAUGUAAAGUUCCUAAACUGCUGCUUGCUGAAAGGCUGCAUGUGGCAGGGGGUUUCUCAAUGCUUGCCCAGGUUUUUGUAUUCUUGCCCAGAGUGUUUGCUACUGACUGCUGCUGGAUUCAGGAUGGGGUCCUGAUGGAUCUUCAUUCUGUGUUAGCACCAGGGGCCCUGUACUUGUGGGCUUGUUUUUGCUCUAAAGAGGGGUUAGGCUGGGAUUUUGAGAGCAGCUGUGAGCUGAGUGGGGAUGGAAGGGGCUGGGGACAUAGGGACGGAUGCUCCUGGGGAAGUGCCUGAGGGCAGUGGACAGGAGACUCUUGCACUAUAUGUGUUUUCCUUGUCCUCACUCAGCUCAGGUAGCAAGUUUCCUCCACUCCAGAGGAUCAAAUGCCAUCUUGCAUGGUGUGAAGCCACUGUGCAGCUCUGGACCAUGAAGGAACUGGGUAACUAGACCCAUGGAGCUACUAGGAGGCAGACUUGUUGCUUUUAUUUACACCUGGGUUUAGCAAACUGCUUGAGCCUUCUUUAUAACUUAAGUGUAUUUUAUUAUUCUCCCAGCUUCCUGUGAGAGCUUGGAAUGUUGAAAGCUUCUUGGAGCCCUUGAUUUUCCUUGUUGGUGUGUCUAAAAUCAUGUCAUCCCCUACCCUGUGCUGCUUUAAUAACAGCAGUCAGAUCAUCCUGGUAAGCGAGGAAUGAAAGCAGUGGGAGCGUUCCAGAGCCCGGGUGUAUUCAUAAACCAGGCUCAUACUAAAAGCAAGUAGCACUAAUCAGCUUUUCCAAAGGAAAUGCCUAGAAAGCUUUUAUGUAGAUCAUCAUUUGUUAAUUUUCUUACUUAGUUGCUUAUUUAUAGCCAUGCUCAAAUGCUUCAGGGUUAGCCUUGCUCCAGGAGUGAGAAAUCUGUGUCUGGUGCUGCGGGUAGGAGUGCCUUUGGGAGCGCUGUCCUAGACUGUCACCAAAUAAUGUGCAAGUUUGGACCCAUUUGAAAAAAAAAAAUCAGUCCACCCACAAAAAAUCAGUCAACUUUGGGACAUGAGCAGGGAUAUCUUAGGGUUUGCCUCAGUUGCAUGUCUAAUGAAUAAUCUGUUGUGAUUAACUUGGGGAAAAGCAAGCAAGAGGUGUCUCCUGAAGCCUGAAAGAUCUGUCCAUGUGAAAGCUCGGUAGCAUGAGGUAACCCAUUGCCACAGCUUGUUCGCCCUUCAAGAAAGGGAUCCCCUCUCUUCAGUAGCCUUUAUGUCUCUCCCUGAACCCUAGUAUGUCUGUAGUUGAUGGAAAACAAUCUGUGAUGGAAUCAAAAUCACAUCUAAUAUCAUGGUGUAAAGCAGGGAGAAGGGACAGCAGAAGCUGAAGGUGAAAGAGACGAUGGUGUUGUAUUUAUGGUUCUUUGGCUAAGGCAGUGUUAUGGUGUGUGGUAGGAGGGGAUGUUCACAGCUGGUGCCAUGGUGCUCCCCGAGGUGUCUUGGGAGGUUUGGUUAUGUAGAAGAUAGGUCACUUCUCCGGAAAGGCAAAUGCUUUCUCAAGAAAGGCAUUUCUUCUUAAUGCAAUGAGGAUGGUUCUGUGAAAUGAUGCUUCCAGCACAGUGGAGUCUUCACCUGGUGCGAUCCCAGGAAGGUUUCGGCAUUGCUAGCACAGACAUCUGCUGCACACAGGGCAGGCACCACUAGCUGACAUAGUUUCCACCCCAUCCCCUCUGCACUCUUUCACCCAUUUCUCACGAUAAAGUUUUUUACAUAAUAAAUCUCUGCUUUUGUUUGCUCUCUGUAGCAAUGUAACUUCUGAACCAUUACAAGCUCUUUGUUACCAUCUGUGCUAGCAAGACUGUAGAAUGUGCUAGACUAGGGGGGAAUGUUUGACAAAUAAAAACCUGUAAUCCUC